AUGGCGUACAGUGAAAUCACGCUGGGAGCUCCAAUUCCUCAAGACACGAUCGACUGCGCCCUCAUGGCUGAAGAAAUGAGGAAAACUUUAGGAAGAUGGCCGACGAGAACAACUAAAUCGAGCAACAUCGUUCUUAGAUGCAUCAGUGGUCAGCUUGAGUCGCAGAGGAUCAACAAUGCUUCCUUUAUGCCUUCUUCUGACGAAUCAGAUUAUAAAUGUGGUACUCCUAGAGAGCCGCUGAAGUGUUUUGUAGCAGGAGAUUCACGAACCAAUAUGUUGGUUGAACUGACAGCCAUUACCGCUGUGUGGUACCGAGAGCAUAAUCGCAUUGCAAAUAUAUUGCACAAGCUCAAUCCUAGGUGGACGGAUGAAACCCUGUUCCAGCAAGCUCGAAGAAUUCUGAUCGCAGAGUUGCAACACAUAGUGUACAAUGAAUUUCUUCCUUUAUUAAUGGGGGAUGAAGCGCUGGAAGAGUAUGAACUAAAGAUCAAUCCCAAUCAGGUUUACAGAGGAUAUGACGACACAAUUAAUCCUAGUGUCUACAACGUAUUUGGCGCUGCUGCAUUUAGAUUUGGGCACAGUUUAGUACAGGAUGAGUUGAAGCUUUAUGGAGAUGGAUAUAGUGAAGAAGGUCAGAUUCCAUUGCACGAAACAUACUUCAAUCCUCAACUCCUAUACCACAAUGGACUUGAUCUGUUGUUGCGCGGUGCUGCUCUGAAAAGAACACAUUCAGUUGACAGCUACAUCACGCCAGAGGUUCGUGAUCAUCUCUUCCAACCACCUGGGCUGGAUUAUGGCCACGAUCUGUCAGCUGUUGGCCUCCAGAGAGGAAGAGAUCACGGUUUGCCAGGUUACACCAAGUGGAGGGAAGUUUGCGGACUACCUCUGGUGGAAGAUUGGGAUGAUUUGUAUGAUAUUAUGGACGCGAGAAGAGCCGAUAAUCUCAAAGAAGCUUACGAAUCUGUUGACGACAUAGACUUAAUUCCUGGAGCUUUAGCAGAGCACCAUGCCAAGGGAUCCCUUCUUGGCCCAACCUAUUUAUGCAUCAUUGGACGGCAAUUUAGGAAAACCAGAAAAGGAGAUAGGUUUUGGUUUGAGAACAGAAACCAGCUCGGAUCUUUUACUGAAGAUCAGCUUAAAGAGAUUUAUAAAUCAAGUGCAGCCCGAAUUAUUUGUGAUAAUUCAGAUAAUAUUCGGAGUGUGCAGAAAUAUCCUUUUCAGAUGCCAUCUAGAAGCAAUCCCAUCAUGUCUUGUAAAGAAAUUCCUUCUAUGGAUUUGUCCAAGUGGAAUGAAUAG